AUGACAAGAGGUAGUCUACGUACCUGGCUCCUGACCCUCGGGGGCUGCUGCCACCCCUGCUGCCCACCACCUCCCAGGGGCCGGGAUCGGCGCCUCCUUCUAGAAGCCUCACCCCGUGCCCUUGCCGCCGGGCCGCCCCCGCCCGCCUGCCGGCCUCGCUUCCGCCUCACGCUAAUAGCUUGGGAGGACCACGGGCUGCCACGCAGGCUGCAGAAUGACUCUGGCCGUGGUACCUGGGUGGAGGAGGGCCCAGGAAGCUCCAUGGUGUUAGAAGCCUCUCAUGAUGGCUGCUGUUGUGUCACCGAGUGGGUGAGGACGACCGGAUCACCAGAAAGGCCGAGGCCCCGUGCGUCACCAUCAGGGGUGUCUCCCCAGGACCCCCACUAUGUCACGCUGGUUGGAGUUGAAGGAGCAGAUGUGGCUGGACGCAACAUGGUUACAAAGACGCAGCUGCUCGGGUGUCCUAUGGAUGCCGCAGACCCAACUCUGUUAUCUAGCUUGAGUUACUCUCCUGAUCAAAACAGAGCCCUCGAUGUCCCACAUGCUGAUCCGUGUGACUUUGUCCCAGUGUGGGACAGGCUGCCCUGUGUUCCUUCACCCAUCACUGAAGGAGCCUGCAAGAAGAUUGGUUGCUGCUACAAUUCGGAGGUGAAUUUCUGUUAUUAUGGAAACACAGUGACCUCACACCGUACCCAAGAUGGCUACUUCUACACCGCUGUGUCUCGGAAUGUGACCUCACCCCCACUUCUCUUGAAUUCUGUGCGCUUGGCCUUCAGGAAUGAUGUGGAAUGUACCCCUGUGAUGGCAACACACACUUUUGCCCUAUUCUGGUUUCCAUUUAACUCCUGUGGUACCACCACAAGACGGAUCACUGGAGACCAGGCAGUAUAUGAAAAUGAGCUGGUUGCAGCUAGAGAUGUUAGAACUUGGAGCCAUGGUUCUAUCACCCGUGACAGUAUUUUCAGGCUCCGAGUUAGCUGCAGCUACUCUAUAAGUAGCAAUGCCCUCCCAGUUAAUGUCCACGUGUUUACAUUUUCACCACCGCAUUCUGAGACCCAGCCUGGGCCCCUCACUCUGGAACUCAAGAUUGCCAAGGAUAAGCACUAUGGUUCCUACUACACUGUUGGUGACUACCCAGUGGUGAAGCUACUUCGGGAUCCCAUUUAUGUGGAGGUCUCUAUCCGCCACAGAACAGACCCCCACCUGGGGCUGCUCCUCCAUUACUGUUGGGCCACACCCAGCAGAAACCCACAGCAUCAGCCCCAGUGGCUCAUGCUAGUGAAAGGGUCCUACACUGGAGACAACUAUCAGACGCAGCUGAUUCCUGUCCAGAAAGUCCUGGAUCCUCCAUUUCCAUCUUACUACCAGCGCUUCAGCAUUUUUACCUUCAGCUUUGUAGACUCGGUGACAAAGUGGGCACUCAGGGGACCGGUGUAUCUGCACUGUAGUGCAUCCGUCUGCCAGCCUGCUGGAACACCGUCCCGUAUGAUAACCUGUCCUGUUGCCAGGCGAAGAAGAAACUCUAACCUCCAUUUUCACAACCAUACUGCUAGCAUUUCUAGCAAGGGUCCCAUGAUUCUACUCCGAGCCCCUAAAGACUCAGAAAAGCUCCAUAAAUACUCAAGUCUUCCUGUAGACUCUCAAACUCUGUGGAUGGCAGGCCUUUCUGGGACCUUAAUCGUUGGAGCCUUGUUAGUGUCCUACUUAGCUAUCAGGAAAUGGAGAUGA